AUGAACCUUCAAAGAUCUUUUUGUAUACUAUUCUUUGUAGGUGAUGAAAUGUGGUGUGUUGAAUUAGCAUCAAGUGAAGAAGAAAAUGCACGAAGUGUAGAAUUAACAAAUUAUUUAAAGCAACAAGUAGGUGAAAUAUGUGAUCUAUGGACAUUGGGCGAUUUUCUAAUGAAAAUGGGCGAAUAUAAACACGCUGAAAUCUAUUAUAAAUUGUUAGAGAAGAAUGUUAAAUUAGACGAACAUCGUGCUCAAAUCUAUAAUCGUCUGGGUAUUAUUCGUCGAGAACAAGGUGAAAUGCGGUUAGCAAUCGAAUAUUUUGAAAAAGCUGUAGAUAUUGCCCCACAAGAGAGCGAGGUACACACUGCUGCUUCUUAUAACAGUCAAACGAUAAAAAUCGACGGAAAACAGUUGCCAAAACUGUUUUUAAAUAAAGCUCUAAAAUCAGUCGAUAUCAUAACAAAAUCUUUAUCAGCAACUAAUAUAUCUGCACCAAUAUUGUGCCAUAAUAUCGGACAUAAUGCAUACCAAAGCCGAGAUUAUGAUUUAGCUAAUGAGCAUUAUCAACAGGCUCUGAAUAUUAUGAUGGAAUCAGAAUUAACUUAUCUUUUGGAAAUUUCAGUUGUUCAGAAUAAUUUAGGCGCCGUCGAAUAUGCUAAACAAAAAUACACCGAAGCAAAUACAUAUUUUGACAUGGCUACAUCGACAUUACAACAACUAACUUUAAAACAUCCAUGGAUACUUGAAUAUGUUGAAAAUUCAGCAACUGCACUACGUAAGAUUAAUGCGUGCACUCAAAGAUCAGUGAUUUGCCAACAAACAAGAAGAAAUACCGAUAGACUCGUGACGCGUAAGUUGACAAAGAGAAAAUUGGAUGAUGUCGACUCAAUUGAACAGUAA